UGUUCUUGGGGGUGUUCAACAGCUCCGUGAAUUUAAGGUGUUGUUGUUUUUAAAUUAUAUAAAUACUGUUUUCAGCUCAGCGUGGUUAUCAUGAACACCCAAAAUUCUUGUCAUGUCGUGUUUAAGCGCGAACAUUCGAGCCGUAUGAUGAAGUUUGUUCAGUUUUGAAGUAAAGCCACACGUUUAUCAGGAGAAGAGAAGAAGGCGGCUGCAGUGAUGGAAGUCUCGGGGCGGGAGGACACUAAGGAUCCUCUUCCAUUGCCGUCUCUACGCCUCCUUGUCCCACCCGUUCGCCUCAUGUCCGCAGUCCUGUGGCAGAUCAUGCAGCAGCAGGACGUUCUGCGGUACGGGCUGCUUGCAGACUUUGUUUCCUUGGUUACUGAAGCUGUACCGGAGCUUUUCAGCCCCACACAUUCAGCUGAACUUGCUCUGCGUUUGCGGGCAAAGCUAAUUUUGGAGCUGUGCUACAGAGAUGAAACAGCCACACAUCUAAUCCAGCCUCACCUCAGCAGCAUUCAGUUGGUCAAACAUGUGGACAGCACUGAGGUAGAAGAGACAUGGGUUCAUUUUGUGGAACUGGUGCAAACACUAAUCAAAGACUCUGAGCAGAGAGAACACUUCUUCCAGAAUGUCUUUCCAGUGGAAUUCGGACCCAGCUAUGACUCUACCCUCCAGACACUGAUGUGGGACUUCCUAUCUCGACUGGAGCACUUCCUGCCAGUGCCAGAUCUCCUUCAGACUGUAUCCUGGCUCAGAUCUGAGUCUUCUGCUUUAAAAGAUUGCGAGGAAUCCAUCAGCAACCCAGAUAGCCUGAGAUCACUGCUCCAUCACCAUAAACGCCUUGGACAUCUGGAUACCUUUGCCUUCUCAUCAUUGCCUCAACUUGGUGACUUCAUCCUGACCGCUCUGUCUGGCAAAAGAAACCGAGUGGCUGAAAUGGACUCAGGUGCUAGUCUCAAUCCUCCUGCUCCCAGUGAGAUGUGUGUAAUGGACGGAACCGAUGUAGAGACUGUCGUGGUCACAUCCGAAUGGUCAGAGAUCGAAUUACGUGCAAACCAGACCGAAGAGGACAAUAGUGACGAUGGCGAUAAUUCACUCCCUGGGGCUAACUGCGAUCAGAAGGGGGAGUCACAGUCUAACGGAAACAUGCCGGAAAGUGAAAUACAGACUGAGAAGCUCACAGAUACUGAGAAUUAUUUAGGAGGAUCUGCCUUGGCGCGUAAUAACCAUGAUGGAUCUGUAGGUUGCACUGAACCCAUGACUGCAGAUUCACAACAUCUGGACUGUGAUGUCAAGGGGACGGAGAGUCUGUCCUGUAGCGCCACACCUUCUCUGGAGUCUGAGCUCACUGUGCCCGUAAGCGUUCCUGACGGUGAUGCCGUUUUCACCCGGAGAUCAGCUCGGAAACCCAAGAAGACAUGGAAGGUUUUGGUCAACCUCCAGAAGCAGAAACAAAAACCUGGUGUGGACAGAAGACAGAAGAGAGAGAGAAAACCGCUCGCUCCUAUGAGAACCUCUGGAAUUGUGACAGACAUGGAUGGAGAAUGUAUCGCCUCAGAGAACAGGGAUGUUGCUGUGCUGUCUCAGUCUCCUGGACGUGUCACAAGUGACGGAAACACAGAGCUCCCUUCAAAGCUGUUCUCCUGCCCCCAGUGCACAUUUACACACCUUCAGGAGCGAUAUGUGAAAAGUCACAUGAAAAAGGUCCACCCUGUUCCAUCAGAGCCCGGGAAAGAGCCUUAUGUGUGCCAGGUGUGCGGCAAAGGCUAUCGCUACCCAGGCAUGCUGAAGGCGCACGAGCGCAGCCACACGGGCGAGCAGCCCUUCCAGUGUACCGCCUCCCACUGUGGCCGCCGCUUCUCCUACAGUCAAGCACUGCGACGCCAUCGAACUGUACACAGUAUCAGAACCAGCCCUCCAUCCGAUGAGGAAGCUGAGCUAAAAAAAGGUGAACCUCAGGACGAUGAACCGUACAUGUACAGCUGCCUCUACUGCAGUGAGAGCUUCAGCUCGCUCAGUGCUCGCCGCGAACACCACAAGACGCAUCCCGAGGACGAUUUAAAGCGCUGCAACGACUGCGGAAAGAGACUAAGCUGCCAGGCAGCGUUAAUCAGGCACAAACAAGGCCACGAGGGUGAGCGGCAGCACAAGUGUCUGCUCUGCGGCUCCAGCUUUGUGUGCACGACUAGUUUCAAGCGCCACAUGCUUAUGCAUCGGCCCGAGAGGCCAUACCACUGCAGCUGCGGCAAGGGCUUUACCUACAAAGGCGCGCUACUCUCCCAUCAGCGGGCUCACACAACCGAGAGACGCUACAGGUGUUCUCACUGCAACAGAUGCUUCCUUUACCCCGGAGAGCUGAGAAAACAUGAAAGGACGCACUCGAACGAGAAGCCGUACCUGUGCCCGCACUGCGGGAAGAGUUUCAAAAGAGAAAGGAUCCUCCGCGCACACGUAGCCGGCCACACAGAGGACAAAAUCUUCAAAUGCUCCUCGUGCAACAAAACGUUCGCGUAUAAAGCGAGUCUGACCAGGCACGAGCUGACUCACACAGGAGAGAGGCCGUUCCUCUGCUCCGACUGCGGCAAAACCUUCUUUUCGUUCGGUGAGCUAUUGAAACACCAGCGCUACCACACGGGGAUCAAGCCGUUCCAGUGCUCACACUGCGACAAGAGCUUCACGCAGGCUUGCUACCUGCAGCUGCACACCAGGUACCACACAGGAGUGCGGCCGUACACGUGCACCCAGUGCGACAAAAGCUUCUUCACGUCGUGCCGCCUUAAGAGACACAUGCAGGUCCACACUGACGAGAAGCCGUACGAGUGCACUGAGUGUGGCAAGAGAUUCAGGCAGGCGUAUGUGCUGAAAGUGCACCAGCGCGGUCAUACAGAGACAGAACUGAGGGUUUAAUGAAAGAGGCUUUGUUUACAGUUUGUAAUUAAUAAUAAUAAUAACUUCUGUUACAUUUUCAUUUCGAAAUGACGCACUUUCUGUACAAAUCAGUAAAUAAAUUUGCUUUUUGGUAUAACAUAAGUUAUUGCACAUGGACAUGAACUUGU